AUGAAGAAUAAUAUAUCAGUACACCUACGACACUACAGUCUACGAACCCACAUCAAAUACAUCCAGAAUGAGGUUUCCAAAGACAUUUCUCAGUCGUUGAACUUGUUAAGUCCCGAGCCUCCAUCAAAGGACAAUCCUCCAGAGCAGCAACAAUUGUUGGCCACCCGAAAGCAGAUCUCUCGGAUCAUUGGGAAGAAUGCCAAAGAAAUCAAAAAUCAACAGUCAAAAUUCAUCAACACCCAUUUCGGGAAUAUCGCCAACAGUUUGCACUCGGUGACCUCCACCACCGCCUCCCCACGGUACCAGUACCAUGACUUGCCUGGGGUCCAGUUGAACUCAGUGAUCAAACGAACCAAUUCCCAAGCAGAGUUGGUGAAAGUGUUUGAGAUGUUGUACGACCAUGGUAAAGUUACCAGGACCGCAUUGAUCAAUAUCCUUUUGAAUAAAUCCUUGGUGGAUCAAGUGUCGAUAAACACGGUAUUGACUAAGAUCAUGACGUCAGGAAAUGGCAAAAACGACGUAUUUAAACACUGGAAUAAAGCGGAUUUCAUCAGUUUGCAAGUGGCCCUCACUCAAAAAUUCUUUUCAUUGAAGAAGAUGCACCAUGUGAACAGCUUGGUCAAACUAAACUUCGAUGCCAAUUGGUUGGACUUCUUGGUGAAUCAAAAAAGAAUGAAUAAUAAUAAUAAUAAUAAUAAUAAUAAUAAUAAUAAUAAUAAUAAUAAUAAUAAUAAUAAUAAUAAUAAUAAUAAUAAUAAUAAUAAUAAUAAUAAUAAUAAUAAUAAUAAUAAUAAUAAUAACAAUAAUAAAGAAGUGCUUCCUUCACUGAUUGAGAGGUCCAUUUGGAGAAUCUUUUUCAUGUUUGUUAGAGAUUACGAGACAUUACAGAGAGUGCUUGACAAAUUGGAAACUAGUUCAUUAUACUUGAUCCUUGAAGCAGUACCCAAGCACCAUUUGCCAGAACAGAAACCAUUAAUUGAUGCAGUGAUCUCGAGGAUUGUUGCUGCUGAAGAUCUUUCGAAUCAUCAAGUAUUUUUCAAUAAGUUCCUCCAACACGAUUGGAUCAUGGCCACGAACUACUUUCAUGACAUCAAGCGGAUCUCCAUCAUUUCCAAACUUUAUCAGAACCAUAUUUUGGACAGUACUGUCAAGUCGCAGCGGAGUCAAGACCAAACUGCACCGAAAGUUUUCAGUCUUUCCAGUCCGUUAUCCCUGUUAUUAUUCUCCACCGUUGAUCAAGAAAAGCGAUUACAGAACGCAAGAUUGAUAGAAGGGGCGGAAGAGUUUGUCGAACACGGUACUCCCGAAAAAAUGGAGUUGCUGAAACAAAAUAAAGUAUUGGUGAUGGAGAUAAUGGGGUUUCUUAGUGGACUAAAACAGGAUGAAAUGAUAAACAACGGCCAUUGGCAGGAGAUUUCCGAGCUAGAACAGGCGGUGGUAGAAAUCACGAAGGAAGAUUUGCCAGGAGAGGACCCUAGGAAUUGGUAUAGUUCUUUCCAGGAGAUCUUGAAGAUCGUCUGA